CAAAAUGGCCGCCGGCGCAUCCGACCCUUCUUAGGGCGGGCGUGGCACCAGCACGUCUCUGCGGCCGCUCUGGCCGCGCUCUAUGGUCGCGGGCGGCAGUGCCGCAGGAAGCGGAGGCGGCCGGGCGUCCCAUUCAAAGCGCGGGUGUGCUGCCGCGCGCCUCGGGCAGUGAGAUUUCAUGAGUCAGACUGGGCUGUUGAGACUUUCGUCUGAAGAUGUACAUGCUGGUUGAAAAACGCACAAGCUCCCAUCUUCAUCUGAAGAGGUCACCUGGCAUCCGAUCUUGGUCUCUUUUUGUUGGAAUAGCCUCCAUAGGCUUGGCUGCUGCUUAUUAUAGUGCAGACAGCUUGGCAUGGAAGCUCUUCUAUAUGGCCGGGUGUUUCUUUGUGGCAGCACAGAAUCUGGAGCAGUGGGAGGAAGCUGUAUUUGAUAAGAACAAGGGAACAGUCUGCCUAAAAGCAUUCAAUCUUUACAAAAAAAUACUCACCUUCUCAAAAGGAGGCAAUGAACAAGUAGUGGCUCUACUGAACGAGAUCAGAGAUGUGAAUGUGGAAGAGGAGACUGUGCGAUAUUUUGGGAAGGGUUACCUGGUUGUGCUACGAUUUGUCACUGGAUUUUCACACCCACUGACUCAGAGUGCAGUGUUGGGCUGUAGAAGUGAUGUGGAAGGAGUUGCCAGGCUCAUUACCAGCUUUCUGGAACUGGACAGAGUAGAGAGCCAACAAGAUCUCUCUGAGAGCAGUGAAACAGAGAAUAGUGAUGCAGAUGAACCACAGGAUAAAUAUUAAUAGUCAUCAUGAGCUGAAGAAAGCAGAGGCUUUCAAACAUUGGAAAAUACACUGAUUGUUCUUCAGAAAAAGAAAUCCCUCUAAGUCUUGACCCAGACAUUUCUCUACAUGUGCAUUUACAAUGGGAGGAAUCUGUCUUAGGGCACCUUUUUAGUGCUAAACUGCUUCAAGAUCCGUGCUCGCAGUUCUGCUGUUGUAGAGUCCAAAGAAAAUUCUGUUCUGUUUGCUCCUUUGACUUAGAUCCUGCAUGUGGACACUGCUGGCUUUUGAACUUUGUCAGCUCGUCAAACUUGUCUAGGAAUAGUUAUUUAUUAAGGAAUUGGUUUGAAAUCAUUUAUUGCCUUCCCUUCCAUUAGUGAAGUGGAGAUACAGAUGUAAACUUCCACUUCCUGCAAACAUCUGCUGCAGGUACAGUAUAUGAAAUGUAUAAGAGCUGAAUUUGUACCUCAUAACACAAUGCUUUCAGGGUCUUUUUGACAUUUUAUAAAGGACUGAAUAUAUUGCUAAGUUGGUCUUAAGCAGCUUAAUAUAUGCAAUUAGGUGAUGCAGGAUAGUGGCACUUUUAUAUUCUCUACUACUGAUUUGCCAUUAGAUACCAGUAGACAUCAAGGUUGGAGUGACUCUCUUGGAAUUGGAAACACCAGGCUGAUCAACUUGUUAGAUUGUCUAAUUUCUCUUGGACUUGCCAAGAAACCAUAAAUACUAAACAGAAGAUGACCAGGUUGAUGAUACAACAUCUUCGGGGUGUUCUGGCUUCAUCCUGGUCUGCUUAACUCCUGGGCAUAGACUACCCCAAGAGAGAAUAACCUUUUUCUAGACCUCAAUGCUCACUAUUUUAACUGUAUUUAGAAAGGAAGGAAAACACAUCUGUUACUUUAGGUAGGGAGAUGAUCGAUGUCAAACAACAUGGCAGCCUGGAUUUGCUCUGUAUUUCCUCACUUGAAAUGACACUGAAGUGCUAAAUAACGUAGUGCGUUUUUUUUAAUAUAGCUGGGAUAGAUCCAGUGUUUGACUUGCACCCAUGUUUUACUCCAGGUGUGUGUAGUGUCCUCUGUUCUGACCAAUGGUUUCACAAAUAGUUAAAAUAUGAAUUUUCCAAGGUAUUUUUUUGAAGUAAAAGCUACCUCUGUUAGUCAACAUGUUCUGUGUAGGACUAAAACUUCAUCAUGCCUAUAUCAACAUGUCAGUAGAAAAAAAAGUUUCAAAGAGCUGAAAGUUCCUUCAACAUGCUAAAACUGCUUGUAUUAAAGUUCACUGGGUUUUAUUCAGGAAUUGUAUGGUGGUAAGACCUGAAUUAGAAAAUACUUACACAGUUACUUCUAGAUCUCAAUGGGGUACAAGGUGACUGCGGUCUGCUUUCACAUUUGGCCAGGUGCAAAUGUCUUCUGGCAGCAGUUUCUUUGGGACUUAAAAGAACAUGCAUUCUUCUUUCAAAGCACUCUACCUCUACAGGAGAGCAAGCUCUGAAAAGAUUUCAGCAGAAGCUGUGUCCUGUUGUGUGUUCCAGCUGUAUCUGAAGCAAGUACACGCUCAUCUGACCAAAGAACAGGUUGUACCAAGAUUUCACUUCCAGCCAUAUAGACCCAGCAUGUGAGCUGUGAGACACAGAUGCUCUUAUUGUCGGUGUGGAAGGGUCAUCAGACUGGAACAGGGAGGCAGCUGCUGAUGCAGCUUGACUGCAGCGCGGAAGCGGGCCUAUUAAGUAAGAAACUUGUAGUCACAUCAGGUAUCAAAGCAGACCUCUGCCAUUAGACAUGCUUGUGAAGUCCUCUGAGUUGGUGAGCUAAUCAUGUGGCUUCCAACCUCCCCCAUGUCACUGGAAUUGGGAAGCUGCUAUGGAUGAAUGUGGGAGAUCAGGAUGCAGGCAAUUAGCUAAAUUUGGCCUUUAUUCUGAAGCACAGCUGUAAGCUAAGAAUAAUCAUCAAAACUGCUUAACAAUAUUGCAAGAUGUAACACUUUGGAGAGAUCUUCACUUAAAUCCACUCUAAUAUAUACCCUGGGUAACACUCUGGACAGAAGAGAAUGAGAUUGGGAAUUUGGAGAACUCCACACCCCCGUGUAAAACGAGAAUGUCAAGUGCUCUACGGACUUCCAGUAAGAAAUACAACUUGAGUAUUUAAUGGUAUAAUGUAAGCAAAAGGGCUCAACCUGCAGAUAACUGCUGCUUUGUAAGAAGGAUAAUUAGAGGGAGUCCAUGGCAUGGAUGUGCAUCGCACUUAGGAUUCUGAGCCCACAGAUUUGACCAUGGAUGAACCGGACAAAACUGCCUGCAUUCAGUUUUAGCUCUACUGGGUUUCUUUUGUAUUUCCAUGAGAGCUAACGUUCUGUGGAGAUACAAACCAUGCUGUGGUUUUGCAGUUAAAAAUCAGCUUUAGAAAGGUACGUCUGUUGAUCUAACCCUGCGCUGCAUUGUGUGCCCUGCUUCUGCUGAGCUCUUCUGUGCCUCCAGCUUGCCGUAUGUUCUUGAUGUUAGCAAUGUAUAUACUUAGGGACUAUGCAAUUUCAUUAUACAAAGACUAAAACAAUGUAAGGAAAACAGAAUCCCAAGGAAGGGGAAUGACCUAUCGUAGCUUGAAAUACAUUCUGUGGAGCAAGUUGCAUCGUACCCUGUCCGCUCUGCCUUUGGCAGCUCUGUUGCCAUACAAACUAGUACAGUUUCAAACGAGAACCUGGGUUCCAUAGACUGAGCAAUGUGAAGACUGAAUUCUUCAGAUGCUGCGGGUGCUGCCUGUGGGCUGUAUGUCAGGCACUGCUGGCUCGAUAUGUACAACUGGGAGCUUACUGAGAUGCUGACCUAUAGCCCAGGUAAAGAACGUUGCAACUUGGCAUGUGGGUGCUGUAUGGGAAUGCGUAUCACAGGCUGAUGUGUGUUUCUCUUGAUCCAGGUUUUGAGCUUCCUCUGUUCAAAAACUGUCUUUUGUACUUAAGACACAUCCAGAUUUUCAUGUUUUGCAGUAACUGGGUGUGGAAAAUUAACUUGCAAAUUGUCAUUAACAUGGGUUUGUCUAUGUCAAUGUCUGCAGACUCCUCAGUGACAUGAUGCAGCUGGAAGGAACUAUUUAGAACAUCAGGUGCGAACUCAGGACAGGUUCUGUUCUUCCCGAUUUACACUAGUCCCCUCUCUGAUCCUCUUCUCCUGCCACUUUUCACCAUUUUGCUGAAGCUUGUUUUUGGAUAGUUUUCCUCCCUUCUCUUGGGCCUAGCAUAUCAAAACGCCCAGUGAGUGAAGCCUUAUGUGUGCCUGAUGUAAAGUGGCUUGUACUGAAAGGAAUUGAUGUGAAAGACUAGUUUUUGGUUAGGAAAUUAGAUACUGCUAGAAGAGUAUUAUAGAAGUGUUGGUUAAGGUUUUUGUAUCUCAGGCUGCCUAGUAAGGAGCCUGAACAGCUGUAGUAGCCCUUACAAAUUAUUUGAAAAUGUGUAUAAAAGAUCUGAAGUUAGAUCUAACCCCUUGCUCCAGAAAGCCAACAUUUUCUAUUAUGUCUGUUAAUGUCCCAGUACGGUAAGUGCCAUUUGGCAGAUGCUUCGGCUUCCCCUGGAGGAGCACAUUUGAAGUUACUCGCAUGUGUGUGGCCGGCUGGGAUUGUGGCCUUAGCUGUCACAUGGAACCAAAUGCUAGACUGCAUGUUGUGCAAAGGGAGAGAGUAGCAUCAUCUAGCUAUAAUCUGAUCUGAUAUUUCACAAAAUGAGACAUUCCAGUAACUAGGAUCAAUUGUGCAAGUCUCAAAGAAAAUCAGUGUUUAUGCUGUAUUGCUGAGAUCUGACUCCUGUGCUGUAUUUAUGAAGUUACACAGAUACCAAAAACUCAACUGGCUUGCAUAGGUAAGAGUGCUAGUUCUGACACUGUGGUAGAUUGCUGAGAGGCAAAACUACUUCUGGAAAAUGUUUAGAAGUUGCUUUUCUACUUUCAAAUUGCAACUAGAAUUUCAGCAAGGCCUUGUAUAUUGUCUUUUUUUUAAACAACUGUUCAUUGAUAAAAUCAACUUUAACUUGUUUUGUCGCUGCAGUCUUCUAUAUUGUUUUUCAAAUAAAAUGUUAAAAUAUUAAUGGCUGUCUAAAUUACCACUUGGCACAGACCUGUUGAAGGAGUUAAUGGGGGAGGACAGCGUAGAGGAAGCCCAAACACCGAGCUCCAGCUGACCCUGCUGUUGCUCUUUGACAGCAGUCCAGCUUUCAAUUUUCAUAUCAACUGAUAUAACCAACUCCCCACUGGUAAAUAUAUUUGUGCUUUUCCCUCUUUAAACCAAACCAAUGUGCCAUGUGCAAAAGAAAGGCAAAUUUCCACAACCAUUUUGAGUUGUCAAAGGAUUUAUUAAAGUAAAAUAAAGAUCUUGUUUAGUUCAAGGUAUGUGACCUUUGUAAUUAAGGUAUACAUGGCAACUGAUUCUUUUACAUAAAAAUCUGCAUGUGGACUUAACUCCUGGAGCUCUCAUUAAAUAAGUUAAUUUGUCU